AUGAGCGCCACACCCCCAGCUACACCAAGAGCGAAAAGAGAACGGCCAGAGGACCCGAUAGCUGAAAUCUUUGCCAGCCCCGCGCAGCGACGUGCUGGGCUUUUAAAUAUUGCGACAUCACCGUUGAAAGCCGACCGCCAGAUGAAAGCCCCAUCACUGCCCAAUAUCACUAGACCUAGAGACCAUACCCAACCAAUAAUUCUUCCUCCAGAUCAACACGAGAUAGGGCUUAAACCAUCGGCCAUCAAGCGAGGAAUCAUCAAUAUUGAUCCGAAUUCCGGAAGAAUAUCGCCUUUGAGAGGCUCACCAGGAAGAUCUCGAAGUCAUUACGAUUUUACCAAUCGAUUAGCUAUCAGAAGAGCGUUGGUGGCCACCAACCCAGGACUCGCCCCACAGGAUGAAGAUAUCCAAGAUCUAGAUGAAGAUGAUUUGGCAAUUGCUGAAAGAAUCAUUGGGGAAUCAAACCGCGCCAAUGGUUCAUCAUCGCCAACCCGUACCCCAAGAAACCGAAAGUUGAUGGCCCUUGAUGAAGACGCUGCUGAUGAUAUGGUAUUUGAGCCGCUAGAAGGGAAUAGUUUUAGAGCUACUCCAUGUCCAACCCCAAUUCAAGAAGAGAAAAUCAUUUCCAAGUUUGGUCGAACCCAUCGUCUUCUUGAGGCGUCUCAAACCCUCUUUGUCGAUGGACCAGAAGGGUUUUUCGAGCAACAUAAAUUUAAAGGAAAGACUUCAGGUAAUACAAUGGCACAGGCCCCAUCGCUAGAUUACAGUGAAUUUGUACAAUUAUCGAAAAUUUCUGAUUUUUUGCAGCUCCCUCAUCGUGAUAACCUCAUGGAAAGCUACCAAAGUAAUUUUCCUCAAUGGCACUUUGAAUUAAGCCAAGGAUUCAAUGUUUGUCUUUACGGUGUGGGUAGUAAACUUCAUUUAUUGCUGCAGUUUGUUGAUACCUAUCUUACUGAUGCCCUAAGCGUUCCAGUGCUUGUGGCGAAUGGAUACAAUCCUGCCACUACUCUUCGGGAAGUGGUCGAACAAACCAUUAAGAUUGUUUUGCCCUCCAGGAAGUUGAAAAAUGGGAAAUCUCAACCAAUUUUAAAACUCCCCGCGGCACCUCACGAAUCUGUGCCAUUGUUGGUGCGAUACUUGGAAAAAUCAAAUGACAAAUCCUUAAAAAUUGUUCUCGCAAUACAUAACCUUGACGGGCCGGCUUUCAAAGGUGAUCGUGCUCAAAGUGCGCUUGCUCAACUUUCUGGAUUGCCACAAGUAUGGCUCGUUACUUCGGUCGACAAGAUUAAUGCUCCAAUCCUCUGGGACUCGGCGAAAACUUCACAAUUUAAUUUUGCCUGGCAUGAUACCACUACAUACGAUAACUACAAUGUGGAGAAUGGAUUUGAAGAUUUGCUUCAUGUGGGUAGAUCGAGCAAGAAUAUUGGUACCAAGGGUGCUCAGUAUGUGUUGUCCAGUUUGACCCAAAAUGCCAGAAACUUGUAUCGGGUCCUUGUGGCCAACCAGCUUCAAGCGUUGGAAGAAGAAGCGGAUGACAAGGCUCUGGAUAGAAGCCUUUUGGUUGGGUCAGUACGGAACGGCAUCGAAUUCAAACUCUUGUAUAAUUUAUGUGUGGAGGAAUUCAUUGCUUCCAAUGAAAUAAGUUUUAGAAUCAUGCUUAGAGAAUUCAUCGAGCAUGAUAUGGCAGGAUUACUGAAAAACAGUGCUGGUACAGAAAUUGUUUUUGUACCACUAACAAUAGAUGAAUUGGAACAGUUACUUACGGAGGAGUUGUUGGAGUGA